CGUGUGGAAACAGCCAGACUUGACGUUCAGUGUGAUAUACAUCGACUGAGAUUAUUUCUUCUUCUUUUUCUUUGCGUUUGUGACUGAGACUAUGCAAAGAGGAAACAAUUCUCCGAUUCCUGGUCUAAAAGUGGUGAGAAGUCGCGAGCACAUCCCCUUGGAACGGCGAGGAAGUCUCCCGGUGGCUGAAAACUUCACCUCCCGAGAACAAGCCAAUUUGGUGCAUUGUGCCAGCCAUGCCAGUCUUCCCACACUCUCACCCAUUAUGGAACUCCCGGCUCCACCCGAUGGUGGCUGGGGCUGGGUCAUCGUGAUCGCCAGCUUCAUGAGCAAUUUCAUCAUCGACGGGAUUGCUUAUUCCUUUGGUGUAUUGCUCUUACCUCUUGUGGAUCAUUUUCAAUCCUCUCGGACCAAUAUCUCUUGGGUGGGCAGCUUGUUGACUGGGGUGUUCAUGAUUUCGGGCCCUUUGGUGGGGGGCCUCGUCAACAAGUUUGGGUGCCGACCAAUUUGCAUGCUCGGAGGGGUGACUGCCUGUCUGGGGCUCUUGCUCAGUACUCUGGCCAACAAUGUCCCGACUCUUAUGCUCUCGUACGGAAUCUUGGGGGGAUUUGGCUUGGGUCUCAUAUAUUUACCAGCUGUAGUCUCUUGUGGCUACUAUUUCGAGAGCAAACGGGCCCUAGCCACGGGAAUCUCUGUUUGUGGGUCAGGAGUGGGUUGCUUCACGUUUGCCCCUCUCACCAACUUUUUAUUGGGUCAUUUUGGUUGGAAAGGCACCAAUAUCAUUUACGCUGGCCUCUGCCUCCAAUGUUGCGUUUUUGGAGCUCUGAUGCGGCCAUUGGAGUUGUCCAUAUCGGAAAAAGAUGCCAGCCCCAACGAUGGGAAAAGUAUGUCUCUGCAUUUACCCGACGGUACGAGUAAUUCGUGUCAUCGGGACAGCCUUUGCCAAGAAAAUGUGAUGGAUUUAUCUGACGCUGGGGUUGGUGCGCUACAGACCUCGCCCAGUACGGGAAAAAUAGUGGUCGAAAUCAUUCCUGAAGAGGAGUUCACAGAAGACGAGGACCGUUUCGAUGAAGAGCCUGGAACGCUGCCUAUUCAGAAGCAACGCUUUCUUGAAAGGGAAAACGCCAAGAGGGCCAGGAGACGGACCAUUUCAGAGACGCCCAAUAAUGAUUCAUCCCGGUUCUUGGCACCCCGAUAUGGUCACCCCUUAAAUAUACGAAGAAAUGUGUCCACCCCAGGUCUCUCACGCAACGUUUUGGGCCUGGGCACGGAGAUACAAUCCCAACAUCAUGUAGAAAAUAUCAUGUACGGGGUCAACGAUGGCUCUCGAAUCUCUCUCAAGCCAGCACGCAGAAACAGCGUAGCCAUCGUUCGUCCCAUGUCUCGAAAGGAUAUCUUUUAUGGCGGCUCCAUUACGAGUUUGGUCAGCCUUUCUCAUCACAAAAGCCCACCGUCGAAGGCUGAGCUGAACCGUUACCGACACUCGGUGAUCUCAAUGCCCCGAGGAUCUCAAAGGCUCUCGAUGCCCAGGGGUUCCAUUGUGGCCAGUCAUGUCGAGGUGAAACGGGAUGCCAUUCUCGACGAAGACUUAUUGGAGGACGUUGACCUGAACCGCUCCUCUGCAGCGUUGUUUCGCGUUUUCAACGAAAUGAUGGACGUUCGCUUAUUUCACAACCGUCAAUUUCUGUUCAUUUGUAUUAGUAAUGUGUUUGGAUUUUUAGCUCUGUACGUUCCUUUCAUGUAUCUACCCAACAUGAUGGUCCUCCGAGGGAUGACUAACCAAGAUGCCAGUGUGGUCGUGUCUGUUAUUGGCAUUGCCAAUACCAUCGGCCGAAUAAUUGUGGGUUGGUGUGUGGAUUUCCCCUGGGCCAAUUCGUUAUCAAUCACGAACGUGUCUUUGCUGUUGAGUGGUUUCAGUGUGAUGAGUUUUACCCUGUGCUAUACUUACGAGGCCUUCCUGUUGAACGCCUUCUUGCUUGGCAUCAGCAUUUCCGCAUACAUCGCCUUGACUUCAAUUGUUCUGGUGGAUCUCUUAGGCUUGGAUUUGCUCACGAGCGCAUUUGGGUUAUUGGUCCUAUUUCGAGGCGUUUCCUCGGUGGUUGGUCCACCCCUGGCCGGCGUGAUCUUUGACUUAACUAAUGGCUAUAACGCAUCAUUUAUCUUAGCCGGCAUAUUUUUUAUUGCUGCAUCAGUGUUCAGUUUCAUAUCCCAACGCCAGCAAAAACAAUCGUCUAUAAAGCAAUAACUAACCAAUUGUGCCAGAUGCCCAUUUAGCUCAUGACUAUUUGAAAAUGUGGAGCUCUUUAUCACGUUUAUUUUCACCAUGUACGUAUGUGGUCUCCUGCAAUGAUGCUUAGGGCAAGAAAUAGAUGCCCAAUAAUUGA